AUGGCAUCACCAGAGAACUUGGCAGGUCUGGAACCAUGGAAUAUGAUGUUUAGGCCAACUUUACCUGAUUGUUGGCUUUCUGAAGCCUAUGCUCGCGACACAGAAACUCUAACAAAAGCCCUCCAAAAAUCACUCUUUAACACUAUUGAUGACAACCCCACAAACACAAAUGAGAACAGUACUAACUCCUUUUCCAUAACCGAAACGUUUUCUUCAAAUUCAACCAACCCAUUUAUCAACCUAAUCGAGACGGCACCCCCGACUCCGACGGUCUCAAACGUUUCUGGGUCAGACCCAGAAACGGCUGGAGUCACGAAACGCCAGCGAAACGCGGCGCCAGGUGCUACUGGGAAGGUUUCGAAACGGAAAUCACGGGCUUCGAAACGGUCUCAGACAACGUUUAUAACAGCGGAUCCGGCUAAUUUUAGACAGAUGGUGCAACAGGUUACCGGUGUUAGAUUCGGUAACUCGCAGGUUUCAAUGGUUCCUGUUUUGAAGCCUGAGCCACAGAGGCCUGGUGGCCGGUUUCAAGGGGGUAGUGGGUACUUGCCUACGCUUGAUACGUCGGCGUUUUUGCUUGAUCAUCAUCAACAGCAGGUCGUCAUGGGGUCGCCUUCUGGGACUUGCCCUGGGCCUGCUGUUGGGCCUGGCCCAAAUGCGUUCACCCAGUCCUUGGUGGGGGAUGUUGGGGUUAGUUCUAGUGGUGGCUUAGAUUUUGACACUUUCUCUAGCUUUCCCACUCUAGAAUCAUGGAAAGUUGUGUAA